AUGAACUGGCCUGCAACAGAACGAGAAUGUUACGCUAUUAUAUACGCAAUUGAAAAAUGGCACAAGUACUUAGAUGGACGUUCAUUCAUUAUUGAAACAGAUCAUAAACCAUUAUUGCCAUUCAACUUAAAACAACAAUUAAAUUCAAAACGAAAACACAAUAUAGUGGCUGAUUAUUUAUCCCGAUCACCAGUCGAUAAUGGAAUGAAUGAUGAAGAUGAUUAUACACCGACAACAUCCCGAUCAACACAAACCGACAAUUUCACAACAACACAUGUCGUUGCAUCCGUCACUACAAGGGCACAAACAAGACAACAGAAGAGGAGUGACGACAGACAGGUCGAUCAUUCCUGUGUUGUAGAACUACCACAAUCACAUAUAAUGGAUGUUAGCAAUGAUCAUAAUGUGAUUGUACCAUUUACAUGGGAACAAUUAAAACAGUUACAACAUCAAGAUGAACAAGCAAAACACAUGAUAUCACAUGUUAAAGAUUUCAAUGAUUAUUUUUUAGAAGAUAAUAUGUUAAUGAAAAAAUCGUCCCCACGGAUACCAUUUGUACCCAAAGGACGAAUUCGCUCCGACAUUAUUAAAAUUUAUCAUGAUACACCAGCGAAUGGAGCACAUUUUAGUCGAAAUAAAACCACUCAGAAGGUUCGACAAAGAUCUUUUUGGCCUAAUAUGAUUGAUGAUAUACGGAAUUAUGUUAAGUCAUGUCUACCUUGUUUACAAAAUAAUCAUCUACGACAAAAACCUCCUGAAGGAGUAUGGCAAUUACUUACUAUGGAUUUCCACGGACCUAUUACACCAACGACAAAAGAUGGAAAUAAAUAUAUUAUUGCAUUAACCGAUGUCUUAUCAAAAUUUGUCAUUACUAAAGCGGUACGGGAUUGCACUGCAUCAACUGCAGCCCGUUUUGUUACCGAAGAAGUUAUCCUUAAAUAUGGCACUCUAAAAUGUAUUCUUACAGAUAACGGUACGCAUUUUACCGCUACAAUGAUGACCGAAUUAUUAAAAAAAAAUUCGUGUUACACAUUUAUAUUCAACACCUUACCAUCCGAUGACUAA